AUGAUUAUACAGUUGCUUAUAGUACUUCCUAUACUCCAUCAUGUAGUGAACAGUUUACAAGCUACGGAUUUUUAUGUUCAUGACUUACCACUUUUACCUAAAGAGGCCUCUUCUAUUCGUAUGCAUGCUGGAUAUCUACCUGUUGAUCCACAACAUCAUGGAGCUUUAUUCUUCUGGCAUUUUGCAACCAAAAAUAUAAGUUACAAGUCAAGAACAGUAAUUUGGCUUAAUGGAGGUCCAGGUUGUAGUAGUCUCAUCGGAGCUUGGGCGGAAAUCGGCCCUUUCCGCUUUCAAGAUGAAAAUACAAUAAUUGAAAAUAAUGGAUCCUGGAAUAUGUUUGCCAAUCUUUUAUUUAUUGAUCAGCCUGUUGGUACUGGCUUUUCUUAUAUUGAUACAGACUCGUUUAUUCAUCAACUCAAUACAAUGGCAAAUCAAUUUCUCAGUUUUCUCGAUCGAUACAUCGAAGUUUUUCCAGAACUACUUCAAAACGAUAUUUAUUUAGCUGGUGAAUCUUUUGCUGGUCAAUAUAUUCCGUAUAUUGCACAAGAGAUUCUUACAAAACGAAUGGACUUAAAAUUGCGCGGUCUUCUGAUUGGAAAUGGUUGGAUCGAUCCUAUAACUAUGUAUGAAUCAUAUUUACCAUUUGCAGUUGCCAACAAUUUAGUGCAAAAUAACUCUGUACUUUAUAAUAAUAUUGCUAACCAAGUAAAAAUAUGUCAAAACGCGCUUUCCAAAAAAGUGCAUGUUUUUGAAACAGCGUGUGAAUCUAUCCUGGACCAAAUAAUGGAACAUGGUGCAAUGAAUAAUCAUAACACGACAAAAGAAAAGGGUAGAUGCGUCAAUGUGUAUGACGUGCGAUUAGACGAUACAUGGCCUCAUUGUGGUAUGAAUUGGCCACCAGAUAUCAAAUAUGUCACGCUCUAUUUGCAUCAACAAGAUGUUAUGUCGCGUAUUCACGUUAAUAGUAACAAAUCAGGAUGGACGGAGUGUGCGAAUUCUGUUUGGAAGGCAUUUCGAGCAUAUUAUUCUAUACCAUCGAUCAAACUGUUGCCUGAUUUACUUCGAAAAAUUCCAAUCGUACUUUACAGUAGUGAAUAUGACUUGAUUUGUAAUCACUGGGCAACUGAGAAAAUGAUCGAUACAAUGACUUGGAAUAAUGGAACUGGAUUUGAUCUAGGAAAUGGGACAUUAGCUUCACCAGAGCCAUGGAUUGUUGAUGACGAACCUGCUGGUCUUAUUCGAACUGCACGUAAUUUAACUUAUAUUUUCUUCUAUAAUGCUAGUCACAUGGUACCCUAUAAUUAUGCACGACGAUCACGUGCUAUGUUACAUCAAUUCAUGCAAUUGAAUUCAUCUGUUAAUGCUGAUCAAAUAACGAACAUGAACGCCAUUGAAAACAUCAAUCUGCCAAAAAGUCGUGCUUACAAACGCUUUGGAUUUACCGCAGCUGCUUCAAUUAUAAUUAUCAUAGCUCUUGUUGGUCUUGUUUGGUUUUUUGUACACAAGCAAAAGCAGAUUGGAAUACAAACGCCAUAUUUUAGGACUCGUGUGUUGUGGUCGCAUAAUCGUGAUGUUGAACUACAACAAUUGGUAGUGUAUUCGCUUUUAGAUGAUGGAAAAGAAAAUUGUAAUGCAUCUAGUGACAUAACAUUUGUAUAA